AUGAAGAUACAGCCUCUUAAGUGCACUGGAGAUGAAGCCAUUCAAAUUCCACAGGAAUGGUACCAGGAUGGAGACCUUCUCGUUGGUUCAUUGAUGUCUCUUGUUCAAUACAUGUUUCCCAAAGUUACUUUCGAUAAACAUCCAUCUGAGGAAUUCAUUGACUUCCCAUUUGUGGUAACCAAGUUCUACCAACACAUCUUGGCUUUAGUGUUUGCUGUAAACGACAUCAACAAGGAUCCUCACAUCUUGUCCAACUUCACUCUUGGAUUCCACAUCUAUGACAGCUACUCUGAUGCACUAAUGACCUAUCGUACCACUCUGGACCUGCUUUUUAAGUUGCAUAAAAUUGUCCCCAACUAUAUUUGUGGGACUGAAAAGAAAGUUGUCGGAAUCAUUGGAGGGAUGAGCCCUGAAACUUCCAUACGCAUGGCAGAGAUUCUGCAGCUUUUCAAGAUCCCACAGAUUUCAUAUGGCUCAUUUGAAUUGGCAGCGGCUGAUGAAUCAUGUGUCCCCCUUUUUUAUCGCAUGGCCCCCGAUGAAUCGCUCCAGUGCGAAGGUUUAAUCCAGCUCCUCCUGUACUUUGGAUGGAAAUGGGUAGGACUGGUCAUUGUAGAUGACAAGCAUGGGGAACAUUUCAUACAAACUCUGGAACCCAUGCUCUCUCGAAAUGAAAUCUGCUCUGAAUUCAACGAAAGGAUUGACAGAAAUUUAUAUACUUCUGAAGGAUUAGACUUGGCUGACCGUUGUCUGAGACACAUCACUUUAUUUACAGAGAGAACUUCAAAUGCAGUUAUUGUACAUGGAGAAAAUACAGUCUUUUCGUGGCUGGCCUCUAUUCUACAAGCCACCCAAUUUUUACUUCCAACGCCUUUGGAUUCUUCAGAGAAAAUUUCCCCAGGAAAAAUAUGGAUCACAAUGGCCCAAAAUGAUUUCACCUUAUAUUCCUUACAAAGAGCUGUCGAUAUGAAAACGUUCCAUGGGGCUAUUUCCUUCUCAAUUAGCACAAGAGAACUUCCAGGUUUCCAACAAUUUAUUCAAGCGGUCACCCCAUCUGGGGCAAGUCAAGAUGGCUUUAUUGGAGAGUUCUGGAGCCAAGCUUUUUGCUGUUCACCACCUAAUCAUGGUGUUUCUCAAUAUGAGGAAUGUACUGGAGAUGAAAGACUAGAGGACCUCAUUGCUCCCUUCUUUGAAACCAGCAUACUUGGCCAUAGUUACAGUAUUUAUAAUGCAAUCUAUGCUGUGGCUCAAGCAUUACAUGCUGCUCAAACUGUGAGGACUUAUCAGAAGAUACAAAAGAACAGAGAUCAAGGGCAAUCAGAGAUUGUAGAAGCCUGGCAGGAUCUUAAGGAGCGAAUAAAUAAAGUAGAAGAGAAAGUGGGCAAGGUGGAAGUCGAAUUGAAAGAAGUCAAGCAAAUAAUGGAGAAAAAUGAGCAGAGAUUGCAGAAGGUUGAAGAAAAGAUGGAAAUAACAGAGAAAAAAGUGGAGGAGAUGGAUUAUAAAUUGUUAACAAUUGAUAAAAAUCAAGACAGAUUAAGCAUUCUAUGGGAGAUGGACCUAGCUAAAUAUUACCUAAGACUUCAGAACAUCGAAGAGGAGAAAGGAGACAACUUAGCAGAGGUCACAGACAUUUUAUCAGUGGUCACAGAAGAGAGUAAGGAACAGAUUCUAGGUGAAAUUGACAAAGCAUUUAAAAUCCAUUCAUUCCUGCAGAGAAUUUCCUUCAACAACAAUGCUGGAGAUGAAAUUAAAUUAAAUGAAGAUGGAGCACUAGAUGCUGGAUUUGACAUUGUAAAUUUGGUUACUUUCCCAAACAACUCCUAUAUCAACAUCCCAGUUGGAGAGAUAGAUCUGCAAGGAGGAACGCUCCGUAUUCAUCAAGACAAAAUCCAGUGGCAUCAUGGAUUCAUUCAGGGGCAGCUGCCUCCUUCCUCAUUAUGCAAUGAGCCUUGUCCUCUUGGAAAAAGAAAGAACAAGAUUGAAGGGCAGAAAUUUUGCUGCUAUGCUUGUGCUCUAUGUGCAGAAAAGAAGAUAUCCAGACAAAUGGACAUGGAGAAUUGUGACAGUUGUCCAGAGGAUCAAUUUCCAAACACAGCUCAUGAUGAAUGCAUUCCAAAGACAAUGAAUUUCCUCUCCUUUGAAGAGCCACUGAGCAUUACUCUGGUCUCUCUGUCUCUUCUCUUUUCCUUCUCCACAGUUCUUGUGCUUGCAAUCUUCAUUAAGCAACGGGACACUCCCAUUGUCAAAGCCAACAAUCGCAAUCUCACUUACCUUCUUCUUAUCUCUCUCUUUCUUUGUUUUCUCUGCUCACUUCUGUUCAUUGGACAGCCCACUAAGGCAACCUGUCUCCUCCGACAAACAACAUUUGGCAUCAUCUUCUCUAUUGCAAUCUCUUCUAUAUUGGCCAAAACCAUCACAGUUGUUGUAGCAUUCCUAGCAUCAAAGCCAGGAAGCCUUUUCCACAAAUGGGUGGGGCAAAAGUUGGCCUAUUCUAUUAUCUGGUUCUGCUCCUUCAUUCAAGUAGGUAUUUGUAUCGUUUGGCUGAGUACAUCUCCCCCAUUUCCAGAUUUAGACAUGGAGACGCUCUAUGGAGAAAUCAUAGUCGAAUGUCACGAAGGCUCCAUCAUCAUGUUUUACUGUGUCUUGGGCUACAUGGGCCUCUUGGCUCUUCUCAGCUUCACUAUGGCCUUCCUAGCCAGGAAGUUACCGGACACUUUCAAUGAAGCCAAGUUCAUUACUUUCAGCAUGUUGGUUUUCUGCAAUGUUUGGCUGACCUUUGUCCCCACCUACCUGAGCACCAAAGGGAAGUACAUGGUGGCUGUGGAGAUCUUCUCUAUCUUGUCUUCUAGUGUUGGUUUACUGGGAUGCAUCUUCAUCCCCAAAAUCUAUAUAAUUAUACUGAGGCCUGAACUCAACACUAGAGAGCAAUUAAUACAUAAGAAAUAA